UUUUAGUAAUUGCCGUCUUUUCCUACUUUUUUUUUUCCUCCCGGAAGUUAAGUUCUGAAUUGUUUACUAAAAUCUCGAUGUCUAGUCACUUUUCAUCAUACUAUUCAUACUCAUAGCUCUAGUAGUCAUAGUCUACGAGUUAUAGAAAGAUCAUUGAUAUAGGCCAAGACAAUAAAGUAUUGAUUCCGAAACUACAACUUUCCAAAUGAGUUGGCUGUCAAAAUUACAUUACGAUGUCACUUAUAUAACGUAGUAUGACAAAAGAUAUUCUAGACAUGCUGAGCUGAUAUAAAAACCCUAUGCCAUGAACAGACUUGAGACGCCCCUGGAAAGGUCUUCCUCUCCAGCUCGCCUGGGCUACACAUCAGAAAAACAUUCAAAAUACACUUUAGACAAGGUGGACUUGCUGAGGAAACAAAGAGGGCUCUGUGAUGUGGUGCUUAUAGUGGGCUCUAAAAAGAUAUUUGCACAUAGGGUGAUACUGUCAGCAUGCAGCCCAUAUUUCUUAGCCAUGUUCACUGGGGAGUUGGCAGAAAGCAGACAAACAGAAGUCACUAUAAAAGAUAUUGAUGAGACAGCUAUGGAGCUUUUGAUAGAUUUCUGCUACACCUCCAAUAUAACAGUUGAAGAAAACAAUGUCCAGACUCUCCUUCCAGCUGCUUGUCUCUUACAGCUUGUAGAAAUUCAAGAAGUCUGCUGUGAGUUUUUGAAACGCCAGCUUGAUCCUUCCAAUUGUUUAGGCAUAAGAGCUUUUGCAGACACACACGCCUGUAGAGAUCUCCUCAGGAUAGCAGACAAAUUUACCCAGCACAAUUUUCAAGAGGUGAUGGAGAGUGAAGAGUUUAUGCUGCUUCCUGUAAACCAACUGGUGGACAUUAUCUGCAGUGAGGAACUGAAUGUCCGCACAGAGGAGCAAGUCUACAAUGCCAUUAUGAACUGGGUCAAAUACAAUGUACAAGAAAGGAGACAACAUUUACCAACGGUACUUCAGCAUGUUCGGUUGCCUUUGAUGACGCCAAAGUUCCUAGUAGGAACAGUAGGGGCUGAUUUAUUGAUCAAGAGCGAUGAAGCCUGUAGAGACCUUGUUGAUGAAGCCAAGAAUUACCUGCUCCUGCCCCAGGAGAGACCGCUAAUGCAGGGACCAAGGACAAGGCCUCGCAAGCCUAUAAAAUGUGGAGAAGUUUUGUUUGCAGUGGGUGGCUGGUGUAGUGGUGAUGCCAUCUCUAGUGUAGAGAAGUAUGAUCCCGGUAGCAAUGAGUGGAGGCUGGUGGCACCCAUGAGCAAGAGACGUUGCGGAGUAGGUGUCGCUGUGCUCAAUGACCUACUGUAUGCAGUUGGGGGUCAUGAUGGUCAAUCAUACCUCAACAGUAUAGAAAGGUAUGACCCACAUACUAAUCAGUGGAGCUCUGAUGUGGCCCCAACAAGUUCCUGUAGAACCAGCGUUGGUGUCGCUGUCCUGGGCGAUUUCCUUUAUGCUGUUGGUGGCCAAGAUGGUGUCUCAUGUUUAAAUUAUGUUGAACGAUAUGACCCACAGUCAAAUAAAUGGCAGAAGGUUGCAUCAAUGAGUACAAGGAGGCUAGGGGUGGGGGUGGCUGUCCUGCAAGGUUUCCUCUAUGCUGUUGGUGGGAGUGAUGGGACUUGUCCACUCAACACAGUUGAAAGAUUCGACCCUCGAAACAACAGGUGGACUCCGGUAGCUCCCAUGGGGACCAGGCGGAAACAUUUAGGCGUGGCAGUGUUUCAGAAUAUGAUAUUUGCAGUGGGAGGUCGUGAUGACACCACCGAGCUUAGCAGUGCUGAGAGGUACAACCCACAGAAAAAUGCCUGGGAGCCUGUUGUGGCUAUGACAUCUAGAAGAAGUGGAGUAGGUUUGGCUGUGGUGAAUGGUCAGCUGAUGGCCAUCGGAGGUUUUGAUGGGACCACCUACCUGAAGACAGUCGAGAUAUUCGACCCAGAACAGAACUGCUGGAGGAUUGUGGGCAGCAUGAACUACAGACGCUUGGGGGGCGGUGUGGGUGUUGUCAAACUGCCUCACAAUGACACUCACCUCUGGUGACCUUCGGCUUUCCCCUCCCAGUCAACCUCAAUGUUUCUCUCCCCUGUUACCCUAUAUAGUUAUUGCCCCCUACAGAAAACUCCACAUUGCAAUGUAUAACAUGCAACACAUUGGGUUCACUCUUAUUGUAAUUAUAUUAAAACUCGAAACCCAAUUCCUUAUGUUUAUUUUUUUUUAAAGUGUGCAGUCAUAGGACUAUGUGCAAUGCAGCAGAGCUUGUAGAGGUUCUUGUUAUUUGUGUUGUUGGUAGAAGAGAAUUGGACUUUCUAUUCUGAUGGGGACACACAAUUUCAACGGAAAUGUUUUUUUGUACAUACUUUUUUUUGUUUUGUUUUAAUGUCAAACUUGUCUAAAAGCCUGAUGAGUGUAGGCAUCAAAUUAUUUAUAAAUACAACUCAAGAAAUCUGUAUACAAAAUGUAUUUAUAACAAUUCUUAGUUAAGUAAAGUUCCCCUUUCAGACCUUGCGCUCUAUGUCCCACCAUUAGUGAGGGUGUCAUGUGACCAGCACAACAACCAUCUGCCUUUACUUUUCUGCAACUAAUGUCAGGUACCCAUAGUAGAGCUGGGUGCACUGAGAGAUGCACUAAAGAUCCAGAAAUUAAAAAAUCCCAGGAUUCGAACCAGGGACCCUUAGGUUUGGAAGCCAAGCUCUUUACCAUUCAGCCACUGUGCCUCCAUUUUAACUCUUAACUAGUAUGUUUUCUGUAAGAAAAACUCUUGCAUCAGAUUUUACAGGGGAUUCCUCAUCUUGUAGGCAGUAUCUUUGUAUUGAAGCAGGGCAUUUUGGCAUAAUGGUCAUUUUGGCACAGGACGUUUUGGUGUGAGAUUUUGUAGUCACAUUCUACCUGUUCAUUUGAUUUUGUCUUUUAAAAAAAAAAUAUCUAUGUUUUGUAUUCUAAAGAGUCUUUUUUUGUGUGUUAAGAGCAAUAGGUAUUUUAUUCAUUUGAUUUAGGAUUUAGGUUUGUUGUGUAAUUAUAGUUAUGUCACUAACAUUAGAAUGUAUGAAUGGGUUUUAAUAUUGAUGAAAAACAAAAUGAAAAAUGAUAAAUAAACAUCGAUGCAAUUUGUAGUGCACAUGCAAAUCGUUUAUUUAAUUUAUAGCACCUCCAAGUUUUAAAAAAGAAAGAAAACUGAUGAAUGUCAACCUGUGUGUUUUGAACAGCUCACCUAAAAUUAAUGGGGGUUAGCAGGUCAAUACCAUUUCUCAGGUAGGAAUCUGACCUUUCAUAGUUUCUAUAGAAGUUUGCAUUAUGCAUUCAUGAAAUAUGUCAAAAUUAUUGAAACUUUUUUGGGAGUGGGGGAUAUGUUUAGUAUUUAUACUGUUGUAUAGUUUAUUAUAAAAAUUUUUGUAAAUUAUCAUCAAAAUCUCUCAUGCCAUAAUGUCUGUGCCAAAAUGUCACCAUAUCCUAUUGUAUAACUCUACCUCCUACAUAAACUCCAUAGAUCGUACUUGAAGUCAAGUACUGCAUGAGAAUAAGCACGGAUUGUGAUCAUUAAUGAUUUCAAAUUGACACCUUUUAAAUGGCAACAUGUAACUAGUCUUCUUAGUUUAAUUCAGUUUAUCUAUCAAAAAGUUUUUUCUAUCACAAAAACUGCUUUUUCUAUUGAAUCCUUAUGAAAACAUCUCCAGGACAUAGGUUUUUAAGAGUUAUCUUGAGAAUAGUGCUAGGUUUUUAAGAGUUAUCUUGAGAAUAGUGCUAGGUUUUUAAGAGUUAUCUUGAGAAAAGUGCUAGGUUUUUAACAGAUAUCUUGAGAAAAGUGCUAGGUUUUUAAGAGUUAUCUUGAGGAUAGUGCUCGGUUUUUAAGAGUUAUCUUGCAGAUAGUGCUAGGUUUUUAAGAGUUAUCUUGCAGAUAGUGCUAGGUUUUUAAGAGUUAUCUUGAGGAUAGUGAUAUUCUUUAAAGAGUUAUCUUGAGGAUAGUGGUGUUGGGCCAGAGUGGGAAGUUGACUUUUGAUAAUGAGCAUCUGGAAAAGAUUUCACAUGGUAAUAGAAGUGGCCACGCAGGUCAAGGAUGGGAGAUAACUGCUUGUCUAUUGGGUUGUUGUCAUGUUUGUGAUUUUUAGUUAUUUAGUAUUGACCUGUGUGACUGAAUCAUUACAGUCACUAUCACAUAGUAGUCAUAAGUGUCCCCCAAAUAUUUACCUGUUAGCUUUAAAUUGGCAUGUCUCAACCUGGUCCCUGAAGCCCACCAGUAUAUUAGAGAUGCUUUUUAGUGUGUGUGUGUGUGUGAUACACGAGCAUACAUUGAUAUCAUGUGACUAGAAAUGUCAGGGUGAAAUGUCAUAAAUGUAGAUAUGUAAAUGACAAAAAAAAUUGUUUGUGCUUUUAAUGUCUGGGGACAUAUUUGUAUGAGUGUGAACAUGGCCCAAGAACUGGAACCAGACCUAUUGGUACAAUAAAAUAAAGUGAAAAAAGUGA